AUGGCCAUAUCAGAAAAGGCAUGUCUUCGAAUCCGUGUGGUUCUAUACGUAUUGUUUGCUGUUUCAUACGCGGUUGGCGCUAUUAUAUUCAUAAGAGAGUUCAAUAACUAUCUUGCCGCAUCUGGGUUUGCUAUCGCCUGCUUCUUUAUCGGUGUAGCGACAGUGUUGUAUGCAAUACCAGAUAAAAAGCUAUAUUCCAUUUUUCCAGCAGGAAGCAAAUCAAGAAUAUGUUUUCAGUUGAGUUCUUUAAUUAUUACGCUGGGGUUCAUUGGUUUGGCCUUGUAUGCAUUGGGAGAAGGAAUUAAGCGGAGACAAGCGUGGAAGGGUGAUUCGUAUUUCUGCUCAUUUAUUGCCCUUUUGACAUCAGCAAAAUGGAGUUUCUUCUGUGGUUUACGUAUUCAUAGAGUACGUGAUGACUUUGUUGAAGACGAUGAUGAUAAGAACAUUGAGGAGAAAGUUCGCCUUUUUGAGGGCUCACACGAUAUGUGGGGUGAGGAAGAAAAAGUAACUGUAUAG